AUGGCACAGAAAGCAGCCAAAACCCUCGCCGUGCGCAACACCUCGCGCCUCAAGCAAACCCACCUAAUCACCCUGGCCAUCCACGGCAUCUUCCUACUCCUGCGCUUCACCCUGCGCACUUCCCUAUCCCUGAAACGCUACUCCUUCCUGUCUGCACCCGCUCUCCUCAUCGAGUUCUACCUCGAGAAGCUGGCCCGGCCUAGCUACAACCCCGAUGGCUCGCUGCGCCGUGCCGGGGAAGACCUGGACGCUCAAGGGUUGACUGAAUUUAUGUGGGAUAUUCUCUACUGGACGUGGAUUAAUCUUGUGCUCGUUGCCAUCCUUGGAAACAGGGCGUGGUGGCUGUACCUUGCCAUCCCAGCGUAUGCUGUUUAUGCGGCUGUUACAACCGCUAGCGGAUUGAAGUCGUCGUUUGCCGGCCUAGCUGGUGGAGGUGCAGAGCCGGCCUCGCAGAGCAAACGACAGCAGAAGAUGGAGAAGCGAGGUGGUCAACGUGUUGCGUAUAGAUAA